UUAAAUGAUUUAUUUUACUGAAGCUGGACUUCACAUUUUUUCCCACGAGGCAGUGAAUGUUACAUACACUACAUCUCGCGAGAAGUCUGUCUUGGGCAACAUUGUACGUGGCGUCACAUCUGAGCGUUGGGAGUGUGUACAGGGAUGCACUUGUUUAGCAUUAAGAAACUUAUGUGUAUUGGCAAUAUAAUGAACGUUGACUACGUCGUGUUUACUCUUCACGUGUGUCUUCUUGACUAAGAGCGGCAGCAGCUGUCUGAAGCUUCCUCGCCGUACAGCAGCAGCAGCGUGUUGACGGACUGCUAGUGUCAGUGCAGGAGCUGCUGCUGCUGCUGUUGCUGUGGAAGGAUAUUCCUACUGAGCAUCCAGCCUGUCGGUUGGUCAGAUAUGGCGGAGAGCGGGUCGUCGGUUGAAUUCUCCAGCUCUCUGGCGAACUCCAGCCUACCGCCGCCGAGGACCCGCAUCUUCAAAAUCAUUGUGAUAGGUGAUUCGGGCGUCGGGAAGACCUGCCUCACCUACCGCUUCUGUGCCGGCAAGUUCCCGGAGAAGACCGAGGCCACGAUCGGGGUGGACUUCCGGGAGAGGCUGGUCGAAAUUGACGGCGAGAAAAUCAAGAUCCAGCUGUGGGACACUGCAGGUCAGGAGCGCUUCAGGAAGUCCAUGGUGCAGCACUACUACCGCAAUGUGCACGCUGUUGUGUUCGUGUAUGAUGUUACCAAUGCUGCCAGCUUCCGCAGCCUCCCAGCCUGGAUUGAGGAGUGCAAGCAGCACGCACUGGGCACCGAGGUACCCAGGAUCAUAGUUGGAAACAAGUGUGACCUCCAAGAGUCCGUCCAAGUGGGCACAGACGUGGCACAGCAGUUUGCUGACACCCACUCCCUGCCCCUGUUUGAGACGUCUGCAAAGAACCCAAACAGCCAGGGGGAGGGAAACUGUGGUGGAGCAAACAGUGACCAUGUUGAGGCUAUUUUCAUGACGGUGGCCCACAAGCUGAAGUCUCAGAAACCUUUGGUAUUGAGCCAGCCAGCUGAGGGAUCAGGGGGUACCAUAAACCUGAGUAGGGGGAGGGAUGAUGGGGGAGAUGGAGCCAGGAGCUGGAGCUGCAGCAGCUGCUGAGGGAGGAAAAUGGAGGGAAAGAGGCGAGACAACGUCAGCCUGGGGCUGCACCAGACCGGCGAGACUAACAGUAGAAAGACUUGGGGAAUGAGUGGAGGUCUAGAAAGAAAGGAUGGUUCUUGCAAAGUGGCUUCAGCACAACACAAGAAGGUCUCCAUUAGAGGAGGAUACAUUUUAUUCCAGUGCUAGUGCUUAACUCUACAAAUGACUUAACGGUUUUAAGGGAAAAAUGUACAUUUUGAUUGUUUCAGAAUGCCAAAAUCAAUCAAGGGCACCUGGGAAUCAUCCUGAGCAGGUAGCCAGAAAUCUGAUUCUAAAUGAUUUCACCUCAUUCAGUGAUUUAUGUUGUGAUCAUUCACUGAUGAUGUUAAAUUUCUCUUAGCUUUGUGUUAACAGAAAACAUGGAGACACCGUGACAUUAAUUUUAAAAAAAAAGGGAUUUGAGGUGGAAAAUGACAUUCUUACUUUAUAAAACACGUUUACCAUGGACUGAUGGGAGAGAAGAAUGUAAUUUCCUCAUGCUGUAAGGGGUGGACAAAAUAACAGAACACAUAAUAAUCUAAUACAUUCUGUGCCAUUUCAUUUGUGUUUGUGUGAGACUGUCAUGCCGCUUUUCCACCAAAAUUAGCAUGUCUACACUGUUUUUGUUUUUUUUUUGUGUGUGUUUUUUUUUUGAAAAGCGAGUCAACAGGCUAAAAUUUGCCUGUUUCCACUUCCCGCAGGCACGAAAGACUGAAACAGGGAACAAAACCAGUUCAAGCAAACACAAGCAAGCAGCAGGCAGCAUGGAGGCCAGUGACGAUGUUAUGUUUAUCACCGGUUUAUACAUUUGACUCCAGUAUCCUUAUUCACGCGUCACCACCGGCUGUUGAUCAUGCAUCCUCACGUUGCGCAGCGAGAAAUGAGUCAGAGUUUAGUGCGUUCACCCAGGGUCUCACAUAUUGAUCAAAGCCGAGCUGUACCGAUAAAAACCAGAGUAUACUGCAGAUUUGUGGUUGGUGUUAUUUAUCCACCACCUUCUCUUAGUUGGUGUUUGACUAUUCACUUCAUCUGUGAUACACAAGAGAUGGUUGAAGUUUUGAUUCAGCUGUUUCAUUCAUUUCAUUGUCUUGUGUCAGUAGCAUGCACAUGCAUAUGAAGCGCUUUAAGAUGUAAACAAAAGAGGGACUCACUCAUCAUUCUCUUUCACACAUGCGGUGUUACUCUUGAUAUAUCCACACUGUCCACGACAGUACUUCAUUUGUCUUGACUGCUUAACUCAGAGGUUUAAUCUGUUAGUGCGUUUAUUCAGCUGUAACACACAUCCAAACGUACACCAGGACAAAUGCAAAAAUAGCAUUGAAACUGCUCAUCAUCAGAGUUCUACAAAACAUCUGCCUGUUCACAGUGCUGCUGGACGCAGCUCCAAAAUGCUGCAGAAUUCUUUUUUUCAAUGGGAUCUUUGUGCACAGAGUGAAGGUGCUACUUACUCUUCUGUACUUGCUGGUAUAUUAAUUUCCACUCUUUCAUUGAUAUUCCAAAUACAUCCAAAUACAUGUAGUGUGGAUAUCAACGUAAACUUUGUCUUCAUUACAAAUCAGUCUGUCCCCUUUCCCAAACCAUACAGAGUAUACACAACAUGUGUGAACAAACAGGACACUGACAAUCUCCUCUUGUGUGCUGCAGGUGUAAACUGUGGACAAUAUCCUGAUCUGAUUCUCUGGACAUGUCUGGAGUGUAUAUGUGAGAGUUCUACAAACACUAUUCCAUAGUGGGAGCUGGUCAAAAAUUAUACAGGUUAGGGCUAAUCAAGCUAACGGCAGCCGCAGUUAACAGCAGUUAGUGGUGAAAUGCUGCCACCUGUUUGUUUUGAGUAUGAAUUCCACAGAUGACCACUCCUUAGGUAUUGCACCUUUAAGUUUGGUUGCUUUAAAUCCAAAGAUAAAAAACUGUGAAAGAAAGGUGCAAUUGCGAGGGUAACGGUAAUUUGUGGGAAAUACCCGAGGUCCCCUCAUUCACAUUUGUUCACACUUGCAGUGCCUAUGAAAAGUAUACACCCUCUUGGAUGUUUUCCCCAUUUUUGGUUUUAUGGAAUCAUGCUUGAUACAAUUUGGCUUUUUUGGCAAGAAUUUACAAAAAAAAAAAAAAAAUCUAAAUUCUUUAAAUGUUAAAGUGAAAACUGAUUUCUACAAAGUAAUGUCAAUUAUUUGAAAAUAUCUAAUGUAAAAUGAGUGAUUGCAUAAGUAUUCACACCCUUUCAAGUCUGUAUUUAGUAGAUACACCUUUAAAUCUUCAGGAUGUUCUCCAUUUCCCUAUAUUUGCAAUAAUUUAAAUGUCUACCUUUACAAGCUUCUCAGUAGACCAAAGAUCCUUCUUCCAGUUGACCUUGGAGUCUCCCAUAUGCCUUUGGAUGAACUAAGAUUUAAUGAGCUUUCUUCAACAGUGCCACUCUCCCGUUAAGCUUAGACUGGUGAAUAAUCCGGGCAACAAUUGUUGUAUGCAGAGUCUCUCCCAUCUCAGCUGCUGAAGCUUUUAACUCCUUCAGAGUAGUCAUAGAUGUCUUCCUUCUUUCACUAGUGUCCUUCUUGCACAGUCACUCAGUUUGUGUGGACGGACUGCUCGAGGCACAUUUACACAUGUGCCGUAUUCCUUCCAUUUCUUAAUGGUGGAUUUAACCGAACUCUCUUCCAGACACCAGUGUCUUUAUCCUACAAUCACUUGAGACACAUUAACUGCACUCAGGUGAUUUCAAUUUCCCUUAUUGUGAGGCUACCAGCACCACUUGGCUUGUCCUCUAUUGAAUUAGGUCAGUCACUUUAAAGGGGGUGAAUACCAAUGCAUAAUGUGUUUUCAAUAAAUUGACAUUAUUUUGUAGAAAUCUGUUUUCACUUUGACAUUAAAGAGUUUUAUUUGUACAUAUGUGCCAAAAUAAGCCAAAUUAUAUAGACCAAAGGGGAAAACAAUUCCCAGGUAAAAGAAAAAAUGAUGCUGGGCCCCUUUUAACCUCUAUUUUCGUUGACUCAUUUGUAUUACUACUCUUGCAGUGCCCUUUCAAAACAUGCUUUUUGGUACAGAUUAUCUGGUAAUGUGAUGGGUUUGCGCAUUCAGUCUUAAUCCUCCUUAAUUGACCAGUGAGGCCACCCUGAUAAUAUCAACAAUUUAGAUAUUUAAGCCAGUGGGAGGAAUCCCAGUCCUACAGCUGACGGCACCAACAAGCAACAGGAAACAUUCUAGCCCUUGAGACUAAUGUUAGCUAGCAUACUACUGUUGACAGAAACUUCAAAUCAUACCUCCAGUUCUUGAAUAGAAACAGAAAACCCUUGUUGACUGCGUCUCCCCACUCAUCCAGACUUGUUAAUCUUCUGCUUUUGUUUUAAGAACUGCAGCACAUUACAGCAAGUUUUUGUACCAUGCCAAUCUCCAUUUUGUUUAUGUCUGCUUCCCCAUGAGAUCACCUCUAUAGAGCCAUGAAGGGAGAAUGCUGAAGCCACGCCCAUGCAGAGUUGUGUUAGUUGUUCAUUGAAAAGUUAUUAAUACCAAAGGUGUUGCAUGUCCAAAUUGCAAUCUGGGGUCCUCAGCAACAAACCAGUUAAGUUUGAAGUCAAGUCCAGUGAGCAGUCCUCCAGAUAUUCAUACAGACUUUCCUUUCUUUAUAGGUAGAUAUAUGCUUGCUAACUAUUGUUAGCUGCCAUUUAGCAAGCUGUAUUUUUCCUUUUCAGUUACUCUUUUUUUGAAUGAAAUGGUGUAAAGCAGUAAAUAAAACAGGAUGUGGAGUAGAUGACCCAGCACAGACACAAUACAAAGAUGUCUUUGAGAACUGUGACUGAUGAGUACAAGCCUUGCUGGUUAGUAUAUUAGUGGUUAGCUCAACAGCCAGCCACAGCAGUUAACUACCUAGCCAAUGUUUUGAUCACAAUCUGGUUUCUGCUGCCCCCAAGUGGCUCAACACUCAAACAGGCUUUCUGUACACUUUGAGACAUUUGUAAUUUUUGAACUCAGUGAUGGGGGUAAUGUUACUAAGCAUCUUAUGUUAACUUGACGAUAAUGGACACAAAGGCAACAUAAAGAAUUUGAAAAUUAAAUUUAGAGAGUAUUGUCUAACUGUACUUGCCCAUUCCUUCCUCUGCACAGGAAAAUCUUAAAAAUAGUCAGAUUGAUAAACAAGAGUAUUGUACUGUGUAGGCUAGCCAAUGAAUCAAAAAGUUAAAACCAUACCUCUCAUAGUGUGCAAGACUUAGUAGUGUGUGCAUAUCCACAUGUACAGUACAUGGAUGCCUGUUCCCACAACUUAUCUACAUUAGCUUGUGCUAUAAUACUCAGCAUGUUUUGCCAAUACCAUUGUAUGAUGAAAGCUGACAGUUUAUUUCUGAGUGGUGUUACUUCGCAGCUUUAGUGAUUUUGGAUGUGUGUUGUGGCCACAGCUGGUCCUGUGGCUCCUCUGUUGAACACCCCAGGUUAUGCUUCAUAUUGUUUUCUUGAGAGAUACGGACUACCAGUCAAACCAAAGGGCCUUCUCUUAUGACUCAGUGUUCACACAGUGUUGCACAGACGUUGUCUGUGUUAUCUGGACCUGUGACUUGCCAGCAGUGUGUCCAAAGUUUUUAUUGAUUUAGAUUUGGUUGCUGCUUUCUUCUGUUCUUUAAGUGGCCUUGCCACCAUCUGCCUUCACACCAGACACUUCUAUAAU